UAAUUGUAUUUAUGCAUUACAUUUAAUUAAUAUCUUUAUUGACAGUAAGUACAUUUACCAUACAGAUAUAUAACUCUGUUAAAUAGGUAUUUUCUGAUGUCUGUAGGACAUGGCAUUUCAUGUCUUGGCUCGUUGGUCUAGGGGUAUGAUUCUCGCUUAGGGUGCGAGAGGUCCCGGGUUCAAAUCCCGGACGAGCCCACGUUUUUAAUUUUAAGAAAUUCUUUUCAAACAUAAUGCAUUAUGCAUUUUCCCUUUUUCUUUAUCUCUAACGUACUUGUCCAUCAAUAUGAACGUCAAAAAUCCAGAAUAAAUAAAUCGAGUAGAAUCACAAACAUUUUUUUUGAUGUUUAAAUAAAGUACAUUAUGUCGAGAACUGAUCAGUAUGCUCUCAACAAUUCCAACAGGGAACCAUUCAAAAAUGAAUUUAUGUGUAAAAACAUUUGACCCCGACGUGAUUUGAACACGCAACCUUCUGAUCUGGAGUCAGACGCGCUACCGUUGCGCCACGAGGUCUGUCAUUGCCUGUCUACUACAGGCUUUAUAAGCCUUAAAACACAUAGUCAAUGUAAAAAUGUAAAAUAUCAAACCAUUUUUUUAAACCUUUGGCAUAUCCUCAACUCAGUCACAACCAAAACCAACCAACCUCCUACUAUUUAGUUUAUGGAAAAUAAACGCGUUUUUGUGUUUUUUGAUUUACAAAAAGCAGUACUUCACAUAGAAAAACUUGGAUAAGUUAAGGGUUAAAUAAAGUCACAUACAUUUGUAACGACUCAGGCACCUAUCCCGUUGCAAACCACAUUAUACUUGAUUAUAUACAAAUGGAGUAUUGUACGUCAAAUUAAAAGUGAUCCGUAGCAUUGCGACGGUGGCCGGUUAGCUCAGUUGGUUAGAGCGUGGUGCUAAUAACGCCAAGGUCGCGGGUUCGAUCCCCGUACGGGCCAGCAUUCUUUUCAUGGUCCUUGAGAACUUUAUCACCUCCACUCUCCCUUUAGCCUCUCAAGCUUUGCAUGGCUGUUUAUUUAAAUAAACAUUAAACCCCUUUUCCCUGUAUACAAAAUAUACAAUACAAUAUACAAUACUUUCUAGUCCAAGAAGUUGCGUUGGUGGUAUAGUGGUUAGCAUAGCUGCCUUCCAAGCAGUUGACCCGGGUUCGAUUCCCGGCCAACGCAUAAGUUUUUUAUUCAUUCUGCAGCCAACUAAACUAAACUCAGUAAAGUGAGAAUUUUCACUAACACAGUCAACUAAAAUUGCUGUCUGAAAAUUAGGUACACGUGUAACAUUACAUACAUAAAGUCAUACAUUGAAUGGUUAAUGGCGCAGCUAAUCUACAGGGGUACAGAUGAAAAUUCAGCAAAGUAAAAAGAAAUGCCACCUGUUUAAGGCUUUUGCAUUACUGAUCAAUAACAGUAUGGAAGUACAGAAAGAUCUGAUAGAAAGAAUGUUACUGAAUCUCUACUGCACUGAAAGUUUAUUUGUCAUCCUAUUCACCAGUGUUAAUCGUUCUUACCCUCCUUUUCCCUCUGUUGCCAUGGAUAUGCUAUUCCUAUGGCAACUGCGGCCUUUUGUGGAUGGCCUCUGGCCCCCACCUUAGAGGACUUUCUAAACCUUUCACUGCACAUUUCCUACCGCAGACAAAUCCCACAGUAGCAACUACUUUUAUGUGUGUUUUCUUUCUCCCCACCCUUCACUGAUGCUCUGGCUUUGGACUCAAACUACUGUGACUUGAUGCAUUGCAAGCGUCUUUGACAGAAGAGCAGAUGUUUGUUGCUUGCGACUUCCAUUGAUACCUGAUGCCAGCGCUGAUAGAAGGGCUGUGAUCAUGUGAUCAGAUUUGCAGUCUGAAGAGCCAGCUCUCCAGGCUCUCUAAUUUUUGGCGUCAAUGGAAACCAGAGCUCCGUCUUUAAAGUUGCAUGAGACGUCUUGAGCAGCAGAGAAUAGAGAUGGAGCCUCAGCCAGAGAAAGUGUUUCUGUGUCAGAGAGAGUGAAACAAGGGAGCAAUGCGGCCGUGCAGACGACAGCGGAUGACCACCGUCUAACAGGAGCAGCGUCGGUAGUCUUGGGUGUUGUCGUGUGGGGCAUGUGGGGGGGCCUCCACCUGCUGAAUGAACUCCGUCAGUAUCGGGGAGUACCAUGGGCUACGGGUGGGCUCGGCCCUGCUCAGCAUUGUGGCGGGCUGCAUCAUCAUCGGGGUGUCCAGGGAGUGCGAUGCUGAUGCUGUGGGGGGCAUCUUCCUGGGAGCAGGCGGCCUCGGUCUGCUCAUAUCAAUCUAUCCCUUCAUAAAAGCCUGGCUGAAUAUCAACCAUAUUCUCCCAUCCUUCGGGAACUUCCGAGUGCACCCCACGCCCGCCAACCCGGCUCCCGAGCAGCCCAUCGACGCGCUGAGACGAGAAGUGACUCAGAGUCAACUCAAUCUGGAACGCUCUAAGAGUCGUAUGGGGACCUUUGUGGAGGGUGGGCCGACGGCUGAGACCAACGCAGAUGAAGGGACUUCUUCAGACAUGCCAGAUGUCUUAUCAAGACGGAAACUCAAGCAGUCAGCUGCACCUCAAGACCUGCCAUGAUGCUGUGAUGCUGUGUGGGACCAGACCAGUAUUAUGUUGUCUUCUUCAUAAAUAACCCCCAUAUUAUACAUUGUACCAGAACAUGCUUAGACCUCUGUCAUUCAUUUCUUCAUGCAGCGCAUCUGUUGCAUCGUCUGUGCUAAUUUGUGAAAUCAACUUAUGAUGUGUUGCUUUUGUGGUCCAAUAAAAGUUUCCAAGAUUAAAUUGUGA